AUCAAACAUUACACACAACACAACAGACAGACAUCAAACACACAACUUCCUCAAAAUACAAACGCAUUUACACACAAAAUCUCUAUCUCUAAUCUCCUCUCUCUAACAACACGCACAAAAUCUCUGCUCCUCCAUCACACUUGACACAUAGUAAGCGAAGAGCCCAGGAAUUUGAGAACACAAACGACACUUAUCUUCUCUCUCUAGGAAUUUUCGGUAAUAUAUAAUCUGGGGGAGUCUGAAACAAUACAAACACUCGGAGGCGGCGGAGUGCAAACGGGAUUAGGGUUUUUUUUUCCUCCCCUCGUGCAGAAAGAGUUUUGAGGGUAUAGAUUUUGCUUUUCAAUUUCAAUCGUGAAGAAUCGGGUUCAGUCUAUAUAUAUUUUUUUCCUAGUCAUUGAUAUAUAUCAAGACCAUUUCUGAUUUCUUUGGGGAUUUCGUAUUGCUGGACUCUUCAAACCCUAGGAUUUUACUGGGUUUUUUUGGUAAUUGUGGGACGGAGUUUAGGGUACAGGGUUUGAUUGUCUCCGCGUUCUUUCAUAUGGGUAUCGUUUGUUUUUGAAGGAUUGUCUGUUUUGGGUUAUAUAUGCUUGGAGUGGGGUAGUAUUAGGUAGCAUUUGUUAAAUUUGCUUGUCGUUCUGAUUUCUCGGCUUGUUUUUGUUGAGCGCGAGGCCUUUAGUAGCAGUUUCUAAUGCUGUUCUGCGUAGUGAGAAGGUAACAGAAGUUUCAAGUUUCGGAUUGACUUAGUAGAGUUGUUCUUGAUUGACUUAAUAGUUAAUAUAUUGUACAGAAAGAGAAAACACUCUAGUUACCGAAUGCAGGACGAUAUUCUUUGAUUCGGAUGCGUGUUUCUUGGAGGAUUAGAUAAGGGCUUUUUUGGACUUUUCUUGUCGGAGUCCCGGCUAAUGAGUUUUGGAGCAGGGAGAUUAGGAUGUUGAUGCGAAGAGAAGUGGGAUUAGAGUAAAGAGAAUUUCGGAGUUAGUAAAGUUAGAAAGUUAGACCGACAUUUGUUUCGUCUGGGUGUGGAGAUGUUGGCAUAAUUGUUAUUUGUGUACGCUACAGAUGCUUGGUCAUCAACUCUAAGAAGACAAGUUCAUUUUCUUUCCAUUUAUAUUUUUGUAUACGAUAAUGUUUACCACUAGUUAUGGAAAGAAGUGAGCCCACGCUAAUACCAGAAUGGUUGAGAAGUGCUGGAAGCCUGAAUGGUGGCGGCUCUAUAUCACAUUCAGAUGAACAAACUACAACAAAGCUUGCGAGGAAUAAAUCACUUGUGAAUAGUAAUGGUCAUGAUUCUGCACGAUCUUUUAGUUCUGACAGAACUACCUCGUCAUACUUCCGCCGGAGUUCUAGUAGUAAUGGUUCUGGUCAUCUGAGGUCUCAUAGUAGCUUUGGUAGAAACCAUCAUGACAGGGACUGGGAGAAAGAUGCAUGUGAUUCUCGUGACAAGGACAAGUCAGUUUUAGGAGAUCGUUGGCACCGGGACUUUUCAGAUGCAAUGGGGAAUACCUUAUUAAGCAAAUUUGAGAGAGACGGGUUAAGGCGUUCCCAGUCGAUGAUUUCUGGGAAACGUGGGGACACAUGGCACAAGAAAGUUGGAACUGAUUUGAACAUUGCUAGUGGAAAUAAUACCAAUGGUUUACCUUCCAAGGGCAGUCCCAUUGGUGGGGUGAACAAAACAACUUUCGAGAGAGAUUUUCCAUCAUUGGGUGCAGAAGAAAGAGCAGCAAUUCCUGAGGUUGGGAGAGUCCCUUCUCCUGGAGUGAGUUCUGCCCUUCAGAGCUUACCUAUUGGUACCCCAACUAUUAUCAGGGGUGAGAAAUGGAGAUCGGCUUUGGCUGAGGUUCCUGUUUUAGUUGGAAAUAAUGUGACUGGCAUCUCGUCUGUGCAACAAGCUGCUCCAUCAAGUUCUGCCUCUGUCGCUUUGGGUUCAACCACCAGUCUCAACAUGGCUGAAGCUGUAGCUCAGGGUCCAUCUCGUGCUCAGACUACUCCUCAGUUAUCUAUCGGAACUCAGAGACUUGAAGAACUGGCUAUUAAACAAUCUAGGCAAUUAAUUCCUGUGACACCGUCCAUGCCAAAACCUCUGGCUGCCUGUUCUGCAGAUAAACAGAAAACUAAAGUGGGCCAGCAGCAGCAUGUUGUAACAUCUUCACUUGCUGCUAACCAGUCUCCGCGUGGUGGGCCUGUCAAGGCUGAUGUUUCGAAGACAUCAAAUGUGGGAAAGCUUCAUGUUCUGAAGCCAGUGCGAGAAAAGAAUGGUACUACUCCUGUUGUCAAGGAAAACUUGAGUCCAACAAGUGGUAGUAAAUUAGUAAGUUCUCCACUUGCUGCUCCAUCUCUUUCUGGAUCUGCAGCAACCAGGGUCCUACCAAACAACCCAGUCGCGGACCGGAAGCCAGUGUGGACUGUGCUUGAGAAGCGACCAACCUCUCAAGCUCAAAGUCGAAAUGAUUUUUUCAACUCAGUGCGAAAGAAAUCUAUGGCUAACUCCACUUCUGUUGCUGAUGCUGCCAUAGCAAACUCCUCACCUGUUGACACUGCACCUGCUGCAUCACCAUCUUUUUCAGAUAAGCUUACUGAAACAGAAAUUGUGGUUGCUCCUAAUACUCAGGACCGCAAUGCCUCAUCAGGUGUAAACCUGAGUGGGGAGAAUUUGUCUGGGACAAGAAGUGAUACUGCCUGCAAUGGUGAUGUUUGUGAUGCCCAGAACUAUGUUAGCAAUGGGAAGAAAAAUCAUACCUCUGAUCCUAUAUUUUCGGAGGAGGAGGAGGCUGCCUUCCUACGUUCUCUGGGCUGGGAGGAGAAUGCUGACGAGGGUGGUCUUACUGAUGAAGAAAUCAGUGCUUUCUUCAGGGAUGUUACUAAGUACGUCGAUUCAAAGCCAUCCCUUAAAAUCCUGCAAGCAGUACAGCCUAAAAUCUUGUUGCCUUUUGACUCACAUAUUGGUGGCAUUUCUUCUGGGUUGAACUCACCUGAUGCUAAGCUGGAAUCUUGAUUUGCUCAAUGUGCUGGGUUCUGCUGAGACCCUUAUUUUAUUGGGGAAGAGAUGAGUUUUUUUCCUUACUCUGUUUGCCCAAUGUUGAAUGCGGAUAACCAAGCAGGUGGUUGCAAGAAGAAGAUGAAGGUGCAUCAAUAGUUUUACUGUUUCAUGGAAGUGAAAUAGGAAUAAGUUACUGAUGGUACAUCCUGAUGAUGACUUCUGAUGACUGUUGUGGGUUCUAGGUUUUUCAUGAGUCAAAAAAUUCUUAGUAAAGAGAAUAGAAAAAUGGUCUGGGUCUUAACAUUUUUGGUUUUUCCGAAUGGGAAAUCAUCUUUAACACUGGUAUAUGGGUUUUUCUUUUGUUGGGGUGGGGAAGAGGGAGAGAGAGCAGAAGAGAAGAAAGCAGCAAGGACUUGCUAUGUUCUUUGCUAUUCACAUUUCCCACCAUUCUUUGUUCUUUCUAAUGUUAACCUGAGAAUUCGGGUAUGAAUUCUCUCGUUUUUUUCGAUGUCUUAUGAUUUUUUGCGCUCUUGAAAUAAGUUUAUGGUAUUGAUCAGGUGAUGACGGUCCACUUAUUUGUGGCUCAACUCGGAUAUUGUGACAUGAUGACACUUGUAAUGUCAUGCCUAAAGAGUUGGAAUGCUGUUUGAUCUUUCCUGUUUUUCAGGCCAUAAACAAAAUAAAGAAGUUGGAGAAUUUCUUA